AUGCGAUGCGCGAGCAAGGCCGCCGAGAGCGCGUCUGCACGUCUCUGUGCGGACGCCGAAGCAGAAACAACAGCAACUGAUGUCCCAUCGGUUGCUGAAGCAACUCAGCCUGUGUCACCUGGUGAUGCAGGCGCUGGUCAUGAAGACACUCGUGUCUUCACAGAGUACGAGCUCGGUGUCUCGUACUCUCCUGAUACGGAUGACGGAUCCGUAUCGACGGCAAUUGAAUCCAAGCCGCCUGCCAAGCGUGGCAUGGACGAUGCUUUGCGUCGCAGCAUCUUUGGUUCAUCUGAUUCAUCAGAUGAACCAUCGCCGAAGCGAAGGCGCUCGAGGUCGCUAGACUCGGGCGCUAAUAGUGGUGUCGGUUCUCCAAUGGACACCACUUCAUAG